AUGAAAUACGUCCAGCUCGGAUCAAGCGGGCUGCGCGUCUCGCCCAUCUGCCCCCGAGAAACGCUUCGACUGGGCACUAGGCGAAGAAGACGCGCUCCCCGUGCUGGACCACGCCUACCGAUUGGGGCUCAACUUCUUCGACACGGCGAAUACUCGAACGGCGACUCGGAGGUGAUUCUCGGCAAGGCGAUCAAGAAAUACAACUGGCGGCGCGAGGACAUCGUCGUCGCGACCAAGGUGUGGGCGCCCGUCGGUCGCGGCAAGGAGUAUCCCCUCUUCAUGUCCAACGACGAACGCGACAAUGCCGGCUACGUGAACGAGUACGGGCUCAGUCGGAAGCACAUCUUCGACAGUAUCGAGGCGAGUCUGAGGAGGUUGGAUCUGCCGUAUGUUGAUCUGCUGCAGAUCCACCGGUUUGAUCCCGACACGCCUGUAAAUGAGACGAUGGAGGCGCUGCAUGAUGUUGUCAAGUCGGGCAAGGUGCGGUAUAUCGGGGCUUCAUCGAUGUGGGCGCACCAGCUGCUGGAGUAUCAGUAUACGGCGCGUAUGAACGGGUCGACCGAGUUCAUCUCCAUGCAGAAUUUCCAUAACCCUAUCUACCGGGAGGAGGAGCGGGAGAUGUUUCCCGCGUGUGCCAAGUUCGGGAUGGGUGCGAUUCCGUGGAGUCCGCUUGCGAUGGGCUUUUUGACCCGGCCGUGGAAAGCGUUUGAGGAAACCACGCGAGGGAAAUCGCUGAAUGGCAAACUAAUGGGCCAGCCGUUUACCGAGACGGACAAGAAGAUCAGCGAGCAGAUAGAGGAGAUUGCCAGCAAACGCGGUGUGUCGAUGACCAUAGUGAGUCUUGCGUGGUCAUUGUCGAAGCCGUUCAUCACUGCGCCGAUUGUGGGAUUGAGCAAGAAGGAGAGAGUGGACGAGGCGAUACAGGCGAUCGACUUCAAGCUCACGGAGGAAGAGAUCAAGAGUAUUGACGAUCUGUAUCAACCAAAAAAGGUUGUAGGGCACCACUAG